UUCACAAUUGCUGUUUGUUAUCUUCUUGGCUUUUCUGUUGUUUCUCUCUUCAAGGCAAUUUGGAUUACUCUUAGCCACGAACGGCAGGUAUUCUUCAGAUAUUCGUCUAUGGCUUUGUUCUACCCAUUUUUUGAAAGUCUGAGGAUAAUCUUUGCCUCUUUUGAACAAUGUUUGAACUGUAAAAAAAAUUUUGAGGAAAAUAUGAAGAUAAUGAAACGACUGUCGGAAGAGUUAAACAGUCUUAAGGAAGAUAUUGAACUAAGAAUAAGUGCAGAGUGUUAUGCUGGGACAAUGCAAACAGAAGAAGUCAAAAACUGGCUAGAGGAUGUCCAGAGGAUCAAAAGUGAAACUGAAGUCAUUGAACGAAAGGCAGGAGAAAAGAAAUUCCUCUCAGAUGCAUUCCUAGGAAAGAAGGUUGAGGUUAAGGUUGUGGAACUCAAGGCAUUUCUUAAGAAAGGUAAAACCUUUCUUGGCUUGGUAAAGUAUUUCAGGUACAUUAUCGUUGGUGGUGGAGUUGCAGCAGGAUAUGCAGCUAGGGAGUUUGAUAGACAGGGUCUUAAGCCAGGGGAGUUGGCAAUUAUUUCCAAAGAGGCUGUGGCUCCUUACGAACGUCCUGCACUGAGCAAGGGAUAUCUAAAUCCUACGGGAGCUGCAAGACUGCCUGAGUUCCAUGUCUGUGUUGGAAGUGGAGGAGAGAGAUUGCUUCCUGGGUGGUAUAAAGAAAAAGGAAUUCAAUUGAUCCUUAGUACAGAAAUAGUGAAAGUAAAUCUUGGUUCUAAGACUCUGAUAAGUGCUGCAGGAGAAACCUUUAAGUAUCAGACUUUGAUAAUUGCAACUGGUUCCACAGUAAUUAGGUUGACAGAUUUCAAGGUAGAAGGAGCUGAUGCCAAGAACAUCUUCUACCUGAGAGAACUUGAAGAUGCUGAUGAACUUGCAGAAUCAAUGAAAACAAAGAAGACUGGAAAGGCUGUGAUUGUUGGAGGAGGAUACAUUGGUCUCGAAGUUGGAGCAGCUAUGAGAAUCAACAAUUUUGAUGUCAGCAUGAUUUAUCCGGAGCCUUGGUGCAUGCCUCGGCUUUUCACCCCAGCUAUAGCUGCUUUUUAUGAACGUUAUUAUGCAAAUAAAGGAAUCAAAAUUAUCAAGGGAACAGUGGCAGUUGGCUUCAAUGCUAAUCGCAAUGGAGAGGUGACAGGAGUGAAACUUAACGAUGGCAGGGUGCUUGAAGCUGACAUUGUUGUUGUCGGUGUUGGGGCAAGACCCCUUACCACAUUGUUCAAAGGGCAGGUUGAAGAGGAGAAAGGUGGAAUCAAAACUGAUAAAUUCUUCAAGACAAGCAUGCCUGGUGUGUAUGCUGUGGGAGAUGUGGCUGCCUUCCCAAUUAAACUGUAUAAUGAGGUGAGGAGAGUUGAGCAUGUUGACCAUGCCCGCAAAUCCGCUGAGCAGGCUGUCAAGGCUAUUAAGGCGAGUGAAACAGGGAAAGAAAUCGAAGAGUAUGAUUACCUUCCAUACUUUUACUCUCGUUCCUUUAACCUGUCAUGGCAGUUCUAUGGAGACAAUGUUGGUGACACUGUGUUUUUUGGAGACAACAAUCCAUCAUCACCAAAACCUAAGUUUGGGUCUUUCUGGAUCAAAGAUGGAAAGGUGGUAGGAGCUUUCCUAGAGGGUGGAACCCCUGAAGAGAACAAGGCUAUGGCAAAAAUUGCUAGGCUCCAACCUCGAGUUGAGAACUUAGAUCAACUGAAAAAGGAAGGUCUUGCCUUUGCCAGUAAGAUAUAAAAACGUUUUCAUUGUAAGUGGGACAAAUUCAUGUGUGUUAUUGUAAUUCAUCUGUGGUUUGGGCCUCUA